ACAAAGACAAAUUGUUGAUGAAUCACCUUCGGUUAAAAGACAAAUUGAAGACGAAAUAAAGCUCACUAAGCAAGAAUUAUCUCAAGAACAAAUAAACAAUAUAGAUGAGAUAAUGUGCACCGAGACAGAAGAAGGUGAUGAAGAGGUGAAAGGUUUUGUCACAAUCUAUGAUUUCGGAGGAGAAAAGGUGUUUUACAACACACAUCACUGUUUCAUGUCCAGCAACAUGGUUUUCGUCGUAGUGUUUGACGUGGCGAUGUGUCUGGAUUCGAGCCGAUCAGUGGCAGGCUACGAAAUAACCGAAUAUUGGCUGAAAAACAUUGCUACUUAUGCUAUUGACGACAGAGCAGAUGGCAAAAGGACGCCACCAAUAAUCCUGGUCGGCUCACACCUAGACAAGGUGUCGUCUGAUGUAAGGGUCUUAAAUAUGUAUUAGCAUCUCAUUACAAAUCAUAACUAGUAUCGCAUUGAAUAAUUUGGUGUUAAAUAAGUAUGAAAAGCUGUAGUAGAUGUGCCAUAAACGAUUGAAUGGAUUUCUACCACAAUAUAACAUCAAAUGUUAUAAUCAUAACGAA